AUGACACCUGAUGAUUUGUCGCAAAUCCUUGUGCAUACGGAACCUGAGAGCGACUUGGUAAAAUGGUAUGAGAGCUACCUGUUGAAGAGAAAUAAGAAGUUCGCGAAUGAAGCGGUUCGAUCAGGCAAUUCGAAACCACAUAUUGCAAUUGUUCAUGUCAUUUUGAGUCUUUUUCUAUCUUGCACGAGUAUGCAAGGCACAAAUGUCCUUACAUUUCUGAUUCCACCAAUGCCUCUGGUCCAACCGAUCCAAAGCAAAGUGUGUCUUGGUCUUUCAAAAGCAACCGAUCCAAAAAUCAGAAUUUAA